AUGUGGAGCAAACGCUGCGUCUUGGCGCUGAUCGCCAGCUGCGUCUUGUGGCUGGCCCUGGCCACCAGAGAGGCCGCCGGCGAGACAAUGAUCGAGGUGGACGAGCACGGGGACGAGUACGAGCUGAAGCGCUUUCACAUCCAGGGCCGGCAGCUGAACGGGAAUGGCAGCAAGUCGCAGUGCGUGGUGACCAGGCGGAAGCGGGCCAGCGGUCGCUCCUUGGCGCUGGCCGGGCCCAGCGUCUCGGUUAGCUCACAGCAGCUCAGUCUGAGCGCGGUGCCGGCGGGCGUAGAGCAUCGGGAGGCGGUGCUGCAGCUGGAGCAGGAGCCGGGCAGCAAGCGUCGUUAUGUGGCACUGGCCGCGGAGCAGCCGGAGCAAGUGCAGCUGCAGGUGCAGGUGCAGGAGCAGCCGAUGGCCGUCACCCAGCAGCAGCAGCAGCAGCAGCAGCAGCAGAAACAGUUCUCCGGGCAGAACUCCAGCCCCUUUGUGGGCGCCACCUUUGCCCAGGCUGUGCCCGGCGGCGUCAGCGUGGUGGCCAAUGCGGCCACCCACGCCAAUGUGGGCGGGGACGCGGGCAUCGUUGUGGUCGAAUCCCAACAGCCGCCCAAGGUGAAUCCCAACACGCACGCCGUCUUCGAGCUGAAGCCGCUGUCGCCGCUGAAGCAAACGGACUUUGUCUACUACGGGGAGGAUCUGGAUCUGGACGAGGACGAGGAUGAGGAUGGCGGCGACGAUGGCUUCUACUAUCAGGGCGUUGGCCUCUACGAUGAGUACGAACACUUCGUUACCGAGGACAGCCCGGUCAGCACCUCGGCCAUUUGGAGCACGGGCGGCGACGAUGACGGCGAUAUUCAUCCCGUUAUCAAUGAGCCCAAUCAGCGGCCGGUGGAGAGCAAGAAGAAGAAGAAGAAGCAGCAGCAGCAGCAGGUGAAGCGCAGAAAGAGCGGGCAGAAGAGAAAACAGCAGGAGAAGGAGAAGGAGAAGGAGAAGAAGAAGCGACGACCAGCAGAGCAGACGCUGGCAGAGCUGGAGCAGCAGCAGAACAAGCCAGCCAGUAGCAGCAGCAGCUCCUCCUCCUCCUCCUCCUCCUCGCCCACCAAGCGCCGCAAGACCAAGCCCAGCCAGAAGAAAAAGAAGAAGAGCAGACCGAGCAGCUCCGUCAACAAGCGCCGACGCCCCAGCAGCAGCAGCAGCAGCAGCGGCAGCAGCGUCUACAGCUACAGCGAUGCCAUGGGCGGCUAUAGACGUCGUCGGCCGCAGCAGACGACGGAGGCGCAGCGCCGCCGUCGGCUGCAGCAGAAGCGUCGUCGCCAGCAACUGCAGCGCCGUCGACGUCGCCGCAACAAGAUACGCAACCAGAAUAUUAACGGCGUCGGCGUCGGCGUCGGCUAUCGUCGUGAAUACUUCGGCGACGAGCCGAUCGUCAAUUGCAUUUACAUCAACAAGGAUCCGCCGACAACGACGACGACGACGACGCCGCGUCCCUUCUGGAAUCUGCUGGGACGCGGCGCGCAGCCGCAGAACGCCGACGCGGAGCAGACGCUGCGUCGCCGCAGUGGCGAAUUCGGGCAGCGCAAGCGCACAAAUCUCAAGUUUGUGGCCUAA